AUGACUUCCAUUGCUGACGAAAUCGAAUACAAGCUCGACAACGUCGAGGUCUCAAGGGUUCGUCCAGACGACAUUAACAAGACUUUCCGUUCAACAUGCAUUGAUCUUAUCUCCAGUGGUCUUGGUGGUAAAGUCCUUGGCUACUCUGACCAAUGGUUCUGCGAGGCGUCCAACCUGUUGAACCCCAGAGCUCCGAUUGCUCAGCCAGGUAAGAUGGUCUUCACAGGUGCUUGGUAUGAUGGUUGGGAGACUCGACGACACAAUCAGGAGUCAUUCGACUACGCCAUAAUCAAGUUGGGCGUCGCUUCUGGCACGAUUGAAGGAGUCGAGAUCGACACAGCCUUCUUCAACGGAAACCAUGCUCCUGCUAUCUCCGUCGAGGGUGUCUUCAGCCAAGAUGACGACAAGGUUGUUUCAUGGGGAGGAGGUCGAGGAGAAUGGGAGACCAUCCUCGGGAUCCAAGAGUGUGGUGCUUCUCAGCGAUUUGCCUGGAAGCUCAAGUCUCCUAGCCAAAAGGCAUACACACAUGUGAGGCUCAACAUGUACCCCGAUGGCGGUAUCGCACGAUUCCGUCUCUAUGGGCACGCCGUCCCCGUCUUCCCUGAAGACAAGGAUGUCAUCUUUGAUCUUGCUGCAGCUCAAAAUGGCGGCAUUGCUGUGUCGUGCAGUGACGAACACUUUGGAACCAAGGACAACCUUAUCAUCCCUGGCCGAGGAAAGGAUAUGGGCGAUGGCUGGGAGACAAAGCGAUCACGAGGAAAAGACCAUACAGAUUUCGCCAUCAUUAAGCUCGGUGCCCCUGGAUAUAUCGAGAAUUGGGUCUCAAUUGAAGGUUGCGAGUGGACAGGCCAUGGCGAUCCUGUCGCAGAUGCCACAGCCUGGAGAGUCUUUGUACCCCCCAGCAAGACGGGGCCCGAUCAGGAGCAUGAGUUUGAGAGCGAAGAGAAAGAGAAGAAGGCCCUGGUAACUCACGUAAAGCUUAUCAUGAUUCCUGAUGGUGGAGUGAAGCGAUUGCGGGCAUUUGGCAAGCGAGCACUCCAACGAUAUCUCGAUCCAAUAACGCCUCCUUAUCCACAAAACAGUAGAGAACUAACAAGAUUACUUUUCUUUAUCGUCAAACCAUCUCUUGCAAGAUUCCAUGAACCACGCGACGAAUCUGAAUCUGUCUCUGCCCCUCCCUCCAUCAUGGAUCUAGGGGACUCUAUCAAUCCCGAAGGACAGCCUGAGGAAAAGCCUCGCACUCUCCCUGCAGAUCUACCCAGAUCUCUCGAUGACAGAAGGCAUGUGCCCAACGAGCACCUCAUCACCGAGACCGAGAUGUACGAUGGUUGGCAAGGCCAGUCCCAGUUCCUCACCACACCAGCUAUAGCAAAGCCUCUUAACUUCGGCAACCUGUCGCUAAACGACCCCGAAUACGAGGAUGACAUUACCAAAGGACCCAAAGACAGCGACACGCGAUUAAUGGAAAUGCUGGCCGCCCAGGCAGCGCACCAAGCAGCUCCUGCUUUCGAGAACGAAGAUGAGGUCGUGAAUAGUGAAAGUCUUUCCGAGGCGGAGAAGAAGGAGAAACUACAAAAGGCCCUCAACAUGGCUGCGAGUAACGGCGAUGUCGACAGAAUUCGAAAGCUUCUCAAUGGGAAGGCAAAAGACUAUCUUGAUUUGGACGCUGAAGACGAGGAUGGAACACCGCCCCUUAUCUAUGCUAGCUGCUUUGGCCAUGAACCUGUUGUCCAAGCAUUGAUCGAUGCGGGUGCCGACGUAAACAAACAAGACCGUAAUCAAUGGACAGCUCUAAUGUGGGCCAUGACAAAUCGACACAAGGGUAUCGCUAAACUACUCCUCGAUAAUAAUGCCUCCUCCGACCAAAAGACCUCGUCAGGACGAACAGCAUUCGACUUUGUUCCCCCGGAUAGCGAGAUGUCAUUCUAUCUCCACGACAAUGGCUACAAUAUUGGAAGCGCCGGAACGGAUGACUUUUACCGACCUGGGUUCUCCCAGGAUAGGUUCGAGGAAGAGAUGGCCGAGAAUGAGAUGCGAAGAAGGCUGAUGAUGGAGAGUGCUCGUGAUCUCGAGGUUGACCUGGGAAACGUGGGUAUGGAUGACCAGCCCGAGCCUGUCGAUGAGUUUGAGGAAGAGCAGCAAGAAUUCGACUGGAAUCGUUGCUUACAUGAUCAAAUGUUUGUUUUUCAAGAACACGAACUUGAACGCAUCCUUGAUAUCGUUAUUACCAAUAUGACGCCGCAAAGAUCACCGACACAGAAACCCGUGCCAGCCAACAUGAUAUUCCUCAGCGCACGAUAUGCGCAUUACCACUCAAGCCCCGAACUUCUGGAGCGACUCUUGGUGUCAGCUAUGGAUUACAUCAAUGACGUUGUUGAGAGGUGUCAGUGGGACAUGACUAUUCUAGCCUUUUGGAUCUCAAACGCCACCCUACUGCUUCACUACCUGAAGAAAGACCCUGGGCUUUUCGAGGCAACGGGUGAGUUCCAGGCGCAGCUGGCUGAAUUGAUAAACGAGAUCUUUAUUCUUAUUGUGCGAGAUGCUGAGCGACGCCUGGACAAGGUCUUGGACGUAGCCAUGCUGGAACACGAGACCAUUCCCGGAUUCGAGGAUAUCACUUUCCAAAAUGAGUGGAAGCUCUUCAAGCGAAAGAAAGAAGUCAAAGAGGAGCCACUAGAAAAGCGAUUCAGACCACCAUCACCGAAGCAGCGAGCAAAGCCAGCACCCCGAAACGUCACCUCACUUCUCUCCUCUACUCUAUUUGUACUCGACCUUUACGAUAUCCACUCCGUGAUUACUGCGCAAAUCAUUUCCCAGCUUAUUUACUGGAUUGGAGCAGAGCUCUUCAACCGCAUUAUGUCAAAUCGAAAGUACUUGGCCAGAACAAAGGCCAUGCAGAUCCGCAUGAAUAUCUCCAUCCUAGAAGAUUGGGCUCGGACGAAUAACAGACAGGCAGAGCACUUUGAAGGAGGUGAAAUGCGCUCUUCAGGGGAGUCAACAAUGGACGCUGCUCGAAGACAUCUGGCACCCGUAAUUCAGCUGCUCCAAUGGCUACAGUGCUUCUCAUCACUUAAUGGAGAUGAUAUGGAGGCUCUGGUUGUCACACUACAGCAGCUCAAGAGACUGAGUCCCCAGCAACUCAUCCACUCAGCCAACCACUACAGGCCAGAAGUGGGCGAAAAGGGAUUGCCAAAAAGUGCUAUGAAAUACUUGAUCAAUCUACAGAAAGAGGCGGCACUCAAGCGGGAGAGACGGCGGAGUGGUGUACCUUCACCACAAAAGUCAGGCCAGGACAGCACGCCAGUGACACCGGUAAAGGGCCGGUCAAACGGGAACAAUCUCGCCACUCCCGGAAGUACUGCCAGUCCUCCAGAGGAUGACUGGGACGAAGAUGAUGACAUGCCAGAGCAUCUGCUGCUGGAUCCCGCCCUGAUGUUGCCUUUCGUGCUGCCGUCGGUAACUGACAUGCUUGUAACUUACGGCGCUGGACUUGGUGGAGUUAACCGUGAGCGAGAGCGCAAGUAUAUCCCCACAGUGCCACCGGAGUUUCUUGAGAAGUUAGAGGUGAGCGGCGGAACUAGGAAGGACCCCAUGUUCGGCGAAGCAGAUUGGGAGAAUGAAGAAGUUUGA